AUGAAUGAGGCGGCAGUGUUUGAUCAAGAAAAUCAGCAGCCCCAAUUCCCAUCUUCUCUACUUUACAAUCUUUACGUUGGACACUUCCUUUCCAGAUGGACUGCCAGAAUGUGGGAAUUCUCAGUGGGUUUGUACAUGAUCAAAAUCUGGCCAAAUUCUUUAAUCCUUGCAGCUAUUUAUGGCGCUGUUGAGUCUGCUUCCUCAGCAUUGCUUGGACCAGUAGUCGGAAAAUGGGUGGAUAUGUUCACAUAUGCUAAGGUUCUCAAGUUCUGGUUGCUAACCAAAAGUCUCUCUUUUAUGGUCGCUGGAGGUUCAGUGGUUGCUGUUCUUGCCUGCCCAGAUUUGAUCCCAAUCAACUCUGCACCAUUUGUGUUACUCAUAAUACUAAUCAAUGCUUCUGGAGCUGCUGCUGUGCUUUCCAAUCUGGCAGGGACCAUAUUGAUCGAAAGAGAAUGGGUGGUGGUGAUAUCAGAAGGCCAUCCUUCUGAGCUGCAGACAAACAUGAAUUCUAUAAUAAGGCGAAUCGAUUUAGUGUGCAAGUUAUUUGCUCCUGUGAUUUCAGGGUGCAUCAUAAGUUUCAUCUCCCUCACUGCAUCAGCUAUGGCUCUGGCCCUGUGGAAUAUCGUAUCAGUUUGCAUGGAAUAUUGGCUUCUAACAUCUGUAUCCAAUGGGGUUCCUGCAUUAAGAGAAAGCAGCCAGAGAAGGGCAUUGAGAUCUUUGCCAAACACUGUGGAAAUAAGCCCCUCUAUUUGUCAUGAAGAGGAAAGAUUCCUUAAUAAUUCAGACAGAAAUCCAUUAAUGGAGACAUCUGAAAGCAGCAGCUGUUGGGGAAAAAUAGGUGGUCGGGUGUCAACAAUUCCAUAUAUCAGUGCUUGGAAAGUGUAUUUGCAGCAAGAUGUAGUUUUGCCUGGAUUUGCUCUUGCAGUGCUCUAUUUCACCAUACUCAGCUUUGGAACAUUAAUGACUGCAACUCUUGAAUGGGAAGGUAUACCUGCAUAUAUUAUUGGAAUAGCUCGUGGGAUAAGUGCAGCAAUAGGGAUAGCUGCUACAUUUCUGUACCCUGUUUUGCAAUCUCAGAUCUCAACCCUUCGAACAGGGUUAUGGUCCAUUUGGUCUCAGUGGAGUUGCCUCUUGGUAUGCGUAGCUUCCAUAUGGGUACAUAAGAAAGUGAUAUCAGCAUCUAUGCUUAUGGCCGGAGUGGCUGCGUCACGCCUGGGGCUAUGGAUGUUUGAUUUGUCAGUCAUUCAACAAAUGCAGGAUCAUGUUUCAGAGAACGAUCGUUGUGUGGUAGGAGGGGUUCAAAGCUCUCUGCAAUCUAUAUUUGAUUUGAUGACUUACCUCGUAGGCAUAGUCAUAUCAGACCCUCGGGAUUUUUGGGAGUUGAUACUGUUAUCCUUCGUGUUGGUGACUCUGGCUGCAGUGUUAUACAGCAUACACAUUUAUCGCGUAAGGAAACAUGAAAAAUUAAAAACUUUUAUUGGAUUUUGACCAAUGGUGAAGAUCUUUAGUGCCUAAAAAUGUGUAAGUGGUAGAGAAUUUGGAAUCACCUACGUAAUUCGAGAUUUACCUCUUUUAUAAGUUUUUGGGGAUUCAUGGGGUGCAGAAUGUAGUUAGGCUAAGCUGAAAAAACCUGUGUUAUA